AUGGGCGCCCGUAGUAUCAUCCCCCUUAUCCUGCUUCUCGCCUUUGUCGCAAUCGUUGCCGCGGUCGGCUAUGUCGUCUACAGCAUCAUGCAGGAUGUCAGCAAGCACACGCGCGAGAAGAUGGAGCGCAAGAACAUCGCUUUCACCAAGGACGGCAUGAAGGUGCAUGUAAGGGAGGUCAAAGAUGAGGCCUACAAGGACCAGACCCAGAGUGUCUUCGUCAACAUGUGGAACCACACUUCCUUCCCCGCAUACAAGAGCCGCCUGUGGGACAUGGCUGGCCCGUCUUCCACGGAACAGAAGAAAAGCGCCGAGAAGCGCAAGUAG